CCGCGAUUGACGUCACUGAGCCAUCUUUGUCCACCUAAUCCAGGCGGCUCCGUAUUACUCCUUCAUUACUGCACGGACUCUGACAGCGCCGGGCUCCGGAAUUAGCCUGCAGGUGCCUCAUCGGCCGUAGAAAUAGGAAGAGGAAAAUAGCUUUUUAUAGGGAGGAGGAAACGCAUCUCAGUCUGUACAGAUACAAGCCAGUGCUCCUCCUAGGCUAUAUAGGCAGGGAAACGGCACAAUAACCAACCAAAGGGAGCCAGAGGGUAGAGAGGAGCGCAGAAGGCAAUCCACAUCCAUCUGCCAGCCAGCCACUUACUAAGCGCUUACAUUUCCAGUCCGGAUUUCAGCACAGCUGUCCAGCCAAUACAACCAGGAAAAUGUCUGCCCCAGCUGGAGCCCCUGGAGCUGAUGGAGUGAAUCAGCCCCCCAACCUCACCAGCAACCGUCGUCUGCAGCAGACGCAGGCGCAGGUGGAUGAGGUGGUGGAUAUCAUGCGUGUAAACGUGGAUAAGGUUCUGGAGCGUGAUCAGAAGCUGUCAGAAUUGGACGACAGGGCCGACGCCCUGCAGGCUGGAGCCUCUCAGUUUGAGACCAGCGCUGCUAAACUGAAGAAUAAAUACUGGUGGAAGAAUGCCAAGAUGAUGAUUAUCCUGGGUGUGAUAUGCCUGAUUGUCCUCAUCGUCAUUGUUGUGUACUUCAGCACCUAAGAAGAAUCGCUCCUACCCCAGUCUAAUUUUUCCUUGCAACAGAAAAGAAACCCUCAAAUUGAUCACAAAAUUAACCAUAAUUUAUUAUAUAUAUCUCCCGAAUAGCCUCGAUAUAACCCCCCUAAACCUUCAGGGCCCCAUGGUUCCCCCUCUUCCACAACCUCGCCUCUGGACCCUCGUCAAUAUUUGUCCUGUGAGUGUGUGGCCCCAUCUCCUUUCUGGGUCCUCUUGGCUUUUCUAACCUGCCAUACUGAGAACCAAACACUUGUGACGAUGCAACAACAGAAAAGGAAACAACGGUUGGCGAUAAUUGUUACAUAACUGAUAUAUAUAGUUCUUUGUAGAGUUUUAUUCUGAUAUAUACUGUUUUGUAGGUGUGUGUGCGUGUGUGUGUGCAUUUUGUAUUUUUUAAUUUUUGUAUUAAUUUUACGUAUGCUUCAGCGUUAACUACUGCCUAUUAAUCAAAGUGUGUAUCUUGCAUGUUAUCAUCAUCCGUCUGUCCCCUGCUUACUCUCUCUUUUUGGUGUAUUUUUGCACAGUGGAGUUCGUCUCCAUUUCACGAUGGAAAUAUUAUUUUAUGUUAGAGUUCACCCGUGUUACUCGUGUCCACUUAGAAAGACCAACAUAAGUCGGAGAUCUAAAAUGUGUUAGGAAAUAUCAUCAAGUUACAGAAAAGUGGGCUAUAACACAGACAAAACUGCCCUUGAGAUUUCCCCAGAUUUCUAUAACUUGAUGUUAAAGUCUUAGCUUCUUUGCUCACUGAUAUUGAUCAAACCUACAAGUAAUGCAUGAAUUGUUAAACUAAUCCCUAGUAUUCAUCAUCAUUUCUCAGCCCUUUCCAUCCUCCCAGAAUCUGUGUUCUCUUUCUCCAUUUCGCUCCUCUAACACCUUCCAUCUUCAUCGCCCUAACCCUCUUCUGUCUGUCAGCAUGCUUGAACACGUCAAUUUCUUCUGAUCAUUUCUAAACUGCCAUAGAUUGGACCAAUGUCUGUAGAUGUUUCUUUUUUAUUUAAAUAUUACGUAGUGUCUUAUUUCGAAAACAUUCCUUCAUUGCAGUCUAGUGCAAAUGGUCUUACCGUAGCACAUGUAAGUGUAAGUAUCUUUUAAAAAAAAAAACGUGCGACGGAACUCGUGUCUAUAACGUCGGUCAUACAAAACAUAGGAGAAUAAUAGUUAUAGUUAAUAGCUGUAAGGGUCAGUUUUGGAUCAGACCUUCAAUCUGUCCAAAUGAUUAUGUUUUGUAAUAUGGGUGGUGUCAUCUUAACAUUACACUUACAGUAUACUGUGGAGAUGUCAUUCGUGUGGAUAUGGGCUUGAAAUGCAAGGAGAUCAAAUUGGGCCGAUGCAUAAAUGAAAAAAAAUCCAUACAGCAAAUGUUCAUUCUGAUUGGCCCAUUACUUACAUGGACACUGAAAAGCGUCUCCAGUCACUUCUAUUAGUUACUGUAGAAGAGUUCCAGUCAAACAUACCCUUGCGCGGUGGAGGAGUGGCUGACUGCGUAAAAAAAGGAAUCUGUUUAAAAUGCACAAACAACCUUGUUUUUGAUGGCGCUGUCUGGCUGGUCAAUAGCCUGGCCAAAGGAGAUCCUCGUGCAGCAAAACCUCUCCACUUGAAGAGCACAUAGAAAAAAGAGACAAUUCAGCCUUAUUUGCAAAUCCAGAAACAGGGACAGAGGUGAAUGAGGAAAAUGUCAGAUUCACAGUUGAGUUUUAGGUCAGCAACUUCGGGGUAGGCUCAGAAGUGUUACUGUCUAAGGUUUAGCGACAAGAAACGUGAGAAGCAAUUAUUCAAAAAAUAUAUAAAAGUAGCACUCCGAAGACGAGUGUCGUGCUAGCGCAGUGGUUCUGUCUCAGUGUUUCUCCCUAUAGUUAAGGCCUUUUUUUUCUUUUUUUAAAUAUAAUAGAUUCUAUUUUUAUUAUAGUAUAUUUUUGUGUGAUACAGACAGGUAAAGAGGAAGUGUGCAAUCAGUGCUAUCUGCUGCCAACAGCAGUGAGCUCCUCUUUACCUCUGUCUGGUGUGUUUUUUGUAAUUCAGCUCUGUGCGUUAUACACUGCCAAGCAACAAGGGAGAGGCUUCUAUUCUUAUUGCAAUUCUUUCUUUCACUGGUGCCCUCGCUGGUCUAGUCUUAAAAAACCUUUUUUGUUUUACAUGUUCCGGCAUCUACUCCUGUGUGUUCUACCUUGUAGGCUACUUGAGCAGGAAACAUGAUGCGCCUGGUUUUUAAGAGUCAAACUAAGGCCUUGUACACAUGUAUACAAGAUGAUAUAAACCUACACAUACAAGUGUGUUGAUUUGAAGCUAUUUUAAGAUCUAAUCUAAGACCUUAAAAACAUUGGAAAUCACUUAUUCUAUAACAUUUCUGUCUCAUGAAACAGAGGAUUUUUAAGUGUGCAUUAAUACAUACUGAACAGGAAGCAACUCAGCUCAUGCUCCUACUGCCACUAAUGUCCUUGUAAAAAAAACUCAAAUGAUGGACAAGAGUCUUUGGAAAACUAUUUUAAAAAAACACUACGAUAUUUCAAAACGUGUGUGUAAAGCCUUAGUAGCCUUGUCUCUUUUCAACAUGACUUUUUACCUUCCUCACCAGCUGAGUAGACCAACCUGCCCCCCUUUUGCUCAACUUACUUACUGAUUCAGAAUCCUAAAGUGUGUGUGUGCGUGGGUGUGUGUGUGCGCGUGGGUGUGGUGUGGUGUGGUGUGGUGUGGUGUGUGUGUGUGUGUGUGUGUGUGUGUGUGUGUGUGUGUGUGUUAGAAUAGCUCUGUGUGGGGAAUAUCCCUAGUUUAUCCCGACAGAUUAGGCCGCUUAAAUCUCAGAGUGAGUGCACGUUGUUUCCUUGACCACUAAAGUACAAAAGUAGACAGGUCGCAGAUCUGCCGGCCAUUCUAUUAGGACCCUAACCUUAGCAAACCCCCUCCUCCCCCUCCCGACAGAGCAAAAGUAAACUGCAGAAGAUUACCAAAGACCAGAUUUCCAUGCUUACGCUGCCAAUUGCCAUCAAAAACAAGCGGAGAGAAACAGGUUAUCCUAACUAUACAAGUCUGUUUGAACUAGCUUAUACCCGAUUUAUCCACAGAUCACAGGACCUUUUACACACUAUUUAUAUGGUGUGUCAGUUUGGCUUGUGAGUGUGCCAUUCUAAUAUGCAAGUUAAACCAAAACACAAGGGCCGAGUGCUUCAAAUCUCAAAUACAGUCCGCCCCGGGAGAGCCUCUUUAAUCCGUAACAAAUAUUCCGACCCAUGAUCCUAUAACUAAUAAUAGCACAACUCUUCUUCUUUUGUCUCCAUAGUGCUGCCAAGUUCUAAAAUGAAAAGACAUAAACUAACUAUAGCUAUUAAAAAUAAACCUAGAAAAACGUUUAAAAAAAAUCUGCAUUGUUUGGUGUUGUAAUAUGGGGGUGUUUUGGGGGGUAGGGGGUCCUAUAUCCUCAGGUUUAAGGUAUUAGCAAUUUACCAAAAUAUAUAUGAGGACAAAACUAUAUUAGCAAAGUGUAAAAUUGGGUUUUCGGCAAUAGAACAUCACCAUAGGGUUACAAAUGUGGUCCUUUUAGCCAUCAUGCAGUAGUUAACCACACAGUGGGCUGAAGUGAAAUAACUCUACUGAUUGGGGUAGGACUUCUGUGUUAUCCAUGGAUCCAACGGUUGAGUGCUCAACACAUUUGGUCACAGUGGUGAAAAUGAAGUGAGUGCUCUCGUUUGUUCCGCUACUUUACUGUCUGUUCGAAAAGGAGUGCGUAUCUAUUUUAACACCGUGGCACUUUUUUUGUUGUGGUUUAUCCGUUUUGGUGGGAUGGGAACAUGAGUCUGUGGAGAAUAUUGUCUUUUGUCAACCUCAAGAAUUGUUCAUUGAAACUUAAACGCUGCAUUCGUGUCAUUUGGGAGGCAAUUGGAAAUGGCCAACACCACAAAAAAAGUGUGCAGACCAUCUACGAAAGUUUGAGUUAUACCCGUGUAAACGUACAGAGCAACGUUUACCCCCCCCCCCAAAUGGCUUGAAUGCAGCAAUGGGAGGGAACCUUUUGAGUCUCUGAAUGUUCACUGGAUUGCUAUAAUGUUACAAUAUUCUACUCAAUAUAUGUUUUAUUUUCAAACCAAAUAUUGUGUUUUUCUUUUCGCAUCAAUUAAGUAAUAACUCCAGAUGUCACUGAACUGUUUGUAUGUAAACACUGAUGGGUAAAGGUAAAGAAAAUGGGAAGUCAAUGGGAAAAAAAAGUAUUUUUACCUUAAAUUGUCCAGAAUGCUUAGAAUGAUUCUACAGUUUACAUCAGAUUGCUGUUUGUAUCUAUGAGAUAUCUUUUUUGUUUAAAUCGGUUUAUUUUUGAGGAACGAUUUUGAUUUAUCUUUGGGACUUGGGUUUCUUGAAUGAAGGCCCAUAUUGCCCCUGGUCUUCUGGACUUUCAGGAGGGACAAGACUGGAGGAUCAUGGGCAAUGUGCUACGUUUGAUCUUUUUUCCCCCCUUUGCUUUUAUUUAUUGAUAGAUUUAUUGUGCUGUCAUUUGGUAUGGGAUUAGAAAUUAAACAAGGCUGACUCAACGUAAAGAAGAGGAGACUGAAUGAAAAACUAAAAGUACAUAAAAUAAUUGUAGUGUAAAUCUAUCAAUGUCUUAUUAUAUUGAUGAACAUCAUGAAAUAUAUGUAUAUUGGAAAAACAGUAUCUAUGA